UUUAUUUAUUUUAGUAUCAACCCACAAGACCAACUGAACCAAAACCAAGAGACGAUGGACCUGACGAAGCUGUUGACCGUCUUGCUGGGAACACUACUACUACUGCUCAGUCUCAGCAAUGGACAACUGACUGCCAAGCUGUAUCUCAACGAACCUGCAGGACGAAGACCAGAGCAACAACCAUCACAGCCCCCCUCGUUGUCGACUUCUGAACUCAAUGCGAUCCUCUCCCACAAGUUAAACAUCUCCCAAUUCGAAAACCUGCCUCCAUCCCUCCAUCCAACAACCCCAAAAGCCCAGCUCGUCCUCGGUAACACUUACUCGAACUUGCCCCUCUCAGCCGGGAGUCCCUCUGGCUCUGGAAACCGUAAAUUGUUUAUCGCGCUCUACGGGAACGAUGGAGAGACCGUUCUGCCCGCCGACUUCAUCGCCCGAUCGCAGAUGUUUGGUGUCCCGAAUCCGCCAGAAACCCUGAGUUUUGACGCCCUCAUCUCGGUCUAUAUCGGCCGGAUCGUCGAGAGCAUGCGGCUCCCGAUCGACUCGAUCCCUGGUCUCAAGGACUUCAUCCAGGCCUAUCACGACGGAAUGGGCCUCCAACUCGCACAAAACUUGGACGAUUGGGCCGCCGAUUGGCCCGACUCUCUCUCCGAUUGGAAACGCUGGGCUGCCGAUCUUUCGAAACCCAUCAGUUCCAACUCCCCUCUGUCUGUCGAACCCGAUCUCGAAAAAUUCACUCUGGCUAUCAAGGAAUACGGUACCCUCGAUUCUCCGGCGUAUCAAAUAUUGGAUGAUCUCAAGCAACUCGAUGAAUUUGUCCAAAAGCGUGCAAUGGCACCACCGAUCGCAUUCCUACGACUAUCAGGGCUGCAAGAAGUACGCCGACGACACGGGGAGAGCUCAAUCCAAUACAGGACGAGUGUGAGAGCGAUCCAGGAGUUAUUAGGAGAGGUGUUGAAGGAAGGAGAAGACGAGGGAAUGGAGACAAUAGUGAUUGGCAUACCUGGUCAGCUGGUGCACGCCCGAUUAGGCAAGCGAACCGAACUCUCGAUCCUUUCGCCCUUCAAGACCUCCGAGCAGAGCUUCAUCCGCCGCGAGCUCAUCGACCGUCGGCGCUCUAUCUUCGGCUCCCAGGCCAUCCCCAUCAUCCCCAGCAGUCGCAAAUGUUUCCCCACCAAGGCCGAAUGUCUCUCCGCUUCCUCCGACUGCAAUGGUCAUGGUCAAUGCGUUCAAGGCCAGAAAACCUCAGGCGGGAAGUGCUUCGUGUGCGCUUGCCAGAAAUCUUCGGAUGUUAAGACCGGGAAAGUCACCUAUUGGGCCGGCGAUAGUUGCCAAAAACAAGACAUCUCGAGUGGGUUUGUUUUGUUGGCUGGCUCGGCUUUCCUUCUCAUCAUCUUCUUCGCCCUCGCCGUUCGUCUAUUGGCCUCCGUUGGCUCGGAAAACUUGCCCCAACAAUUGGCUUCUAUUAGCGGCCAUAGUAAAAAAAUCGACUGAUUCUUUUCUUUUUAACAUUAGAUAUAAAUCUUUUCUUUUCGUUACAUCUUCCUUUUUCUCUCUUCUCUUUCUUUCUCAACACUUUUAUACACUUUUUGUAUAUUUGUUUUCCUUCUUUUUUGACAAUAAAACAAUCAAAGCCAGAUCAUUUCGCUUCCAUCUUCUCUUUUUUUUGGUCAGUUCCUCCUCUCUCAUAUCCUUCUUUUCACGCAGUGUUGUAAGAAAGGUCUUAUUUUUUUACGUGUUUACUCUGAUUGCAACGACAACCAACAAGAAAAUUUGAAGAAAUUAAACUCUCUGAUGAUAUUCCUCAGUUAUUUUUUUU